CCACACACUUAACCAAUUCUAUUGGGUUCAUUUGGCUUUGUUUUAAUCCACGAAAAAUCUCACCUUUCUUCAAAAGCAGCACCUCUUUUCCUUUCUCCCCUCUCAGAUUCUAUGGGAAAAUCUCUUGAAUCUGUGGCUAGGCUACAAGAGUUAUCGCGGACUGUGUCAUCUGCAAAACCCUACAGGUCAAAGGGAACAGCACAACCCAGAUCGGCGAACCGGGUGGCGACGCCGCGAACCGGUGCGAAACCGGCUGCUUUUGCAGUCGAACCGCCGAAGAAGAUGGAGGCUGUGGAAGCGGAGCAAUGUCGGACACCACUCGCCAAGGUGGUCGCCGAUUGCACGAAGCGGUGGUUCCAAGACACGCUCAAGGAGGCCAGGGCUGGAGAUAGCGGCAUGCAGGUUCUCGUUGGACAAAUGUAUUACAGUGGCUAUGGUGUUCCUAGAGAUCCGAGAAAGGGACAUGAUUGGAUUAGUAAAGCAUCAAGAAGUCGAAAUUCAGUUUGGAAAGUGAGCGAGAAACCUCCGGGUUACCGAGCGAGUGAUUCAGAUUCAUGUGAACCGGAGGGAAAAUGAGCUCCUUUAUUUGAAAGUAUGAAGGUCUUUAAAUAUUUAACAUGCGGUAGGAUUGACAACAUGUUUGGGUCCAUUUUUACUCCUUCUAGAAUAAGUUAUCCUCAUAAAGCUACUCCUAGUAGCUGCUCUGAGAAUCACUUCACCCCCAGUCAUGGAAAUCUACUAUGUUUCAAACUCACUAACAGAGUAUCUCUUGCACCAAGGCUUUAAUAUAUAAUCCUCAAUUCCUUGGAGAUCAUAGCUACACAUGUUAUUUGGUGACUCUGAUACUUACUAGCACACAAUGUAUUUAAAUGUUGUGGCAAUCAGUAUGAUAAGCUAUAUGAUCCUACUAGUAGUUUGAUGAUCAGAAUAUGUUUGUGUUUACUCUGAGAAGAUAAGCUGCACUUUAGUAUGAUCUUUAAUGAUAAAUGUUGGAUCAGCUGGGUUCUGCAUUUAUUUUUGCAUCUUGUAUCUUAAACAAUUCUUAAUCCCAUGAUAAUUAGCAUGUAGUAUAUUUGGGUGCUGUUGAAUCUCAUAUGAAAAGCUUCCUGAUAAAAACUAGAUCAGUAUUUUGGUGCAAGUAUUCAGAGGUUAGGAAGCUGGGCAAUGGCUGUUUUGGGUUUCUUGUGUUUAACAUCUCGUUUGGAUGCGGACCAAAGAGCACAUAUUGAUGCUUAUCCAAUGCUUUUUUCUAGUAGAUAAACUCCAAUAAGCUCUUUUUAGUCCGUAAUCCGUAUCCAAAUAGACCUAAGUCAAUUAAUCCUGAUAGACUUACCAUACUUAGAUUUAUCAUACUGAACUAACGGCAGCACUAUUGGAAGGAUAUUGGAAAUUGGAAUGUAUUUGCACCAUGGAAUAUAAAAGAUGUUGGAUGAGGAAUGUACCUUGAUGACAUAUAAUUACUUCUGAUAACAAAUGCUUAAUCUCUUUUAGGGUGAGGGUCAUUGUGGGCUUUACUUCUGCUUCUGCUAUUGUCUUUUGCAAAGCGUUCCCCUGAUGUGGUUAUCUCUGACAAAACAAAGAGCUCUUUGGAACCAAAUUUUUCUCCUAAGUUCUAACAUAUGAUGCUUCAUUUUUGUAGUGAUUUCUUAGGCUCAAUGACUUGCUACUCUUUCCUGGUUUUAUAAUAUACAGCUUGACUUUAUAUUUCAAAUGUUUACAGAAUCUCUUACGCUUCUCUGUUUCCUUUGUUUCAAA